CGUUGGGGCGUUUUCCAGUCUAGAAUACUUUCACUUUCAACGGUCUUCUGCAAAGCAGAACGAGCGCAUUUCUUCUUCAGCUCGUCGAACAGAAAAGCGGAAGACUUCGCGGAGGGACGUUCGUUGUUAGUUCGAUGGAAAAUGGCGAUUUUAUUUGGUCUACUUAUUUCAUCAUUGUCUCUGUAUUGUGACUUCACCGAUGCUGAGUGCCUGGUGGUCAGUCCUGCCAGGCUGGUGGUGAAGCAUGGAGACCCAGCCUCCUCUAACUGCAGCUCAGAUAUCCCUGUAGAGAUGGCCUGGGAAGCCACCCAGGGAGGGGUUGGUCUAACAGACAACAAGGUGAAGAUCCUACGCUGGAGGGUGGACAGUGUGACUGACUGGAAUAUCAAACCUACAUGCUACACAGAAGGAGGCCAGUGUCAGGAACAGCUGAACAUCACAGUUUAUAAGCUUCCAGACAGUGUCUCCAUCAGUUACAGGAAGUAUCCUGAUCCGAUGGUUGAGGGGAAUCAGUACCUGCUGCAGUGUCUUGUCCAGAACAUCGCUCCUAUUGGGAGACUCACGGUGACCUUCUACAAAGUCUCUACCAAUGGUGAACGGACAGUGUUAUACACACAACCACUGAACAACGACAUUCACCAAUUGAACAAUGACACUAGGGAACCGGUAAACGAGAGCUAUUCCCUGCAGUUCUCCCCCACUAAUCUUGAUGACGGGGCCCAGUUGUUGUGUUCAGCCAUGUUGGAUCUGGGACCAGAGGGACCCCGACCUCCUCCUGUAAUGGACUCAAACCGCCUCAACACCAACGUGCACUACAAGCCUCAGAUCACUAUGAGUCCUGGAUGUUUCUCCAUGAGCAUCACGGAGGGUGACACCCUAUCACUUAACUGUAGUGCAAAAGGUAACCCUGCCCCCUCGUACGAUUGGUUGCUCUCCCAUGCCGACCCCAACCCCAUGGAAGAGAGAUCCGUAGUGACCAUCACCAACAUUGCCAAGUCUCACUCUGGAGAUUACACCUGCAUCGCCAGAAACCUCCUGGGAAACAGCACCUGUACUGUUAACGUGGAGGUCACAGUGGACUACCUGCCCAUCUUUGCAGGGCUGGCUGCAGCUGUGGUGGUGAUCCUCUUGGUUGUCUCCUGUUUCACCUACUCCUCUUACUAUAAACACAGGCGCAUGGGCCACUACCAGCUGAAAGACAUGUUGCCACGACGACACAAGAACAAACACGUGGUGCAACACAACGGAAUGGACCAGUCCUUUAUGUAGAGGAGGGGUUGGGGUCAGAGCAUGUGGAAUCCUGAUGAGUGGGUGUGGCUCUCCACUUCCUUUAUGUAGAGGAGGGGUUGGGGUCAGAGCAUGUGGAAUCCUGAUGAGUGGGUGUGGCUCUCCACGUCCUUUAUGUAGAGGUGGGGUUGGGGUCAGAGCAUGUGGAAUCCUGAUGAGUGGGUGUGGCUCUCCACGUCCUUUAUGUAGAGGAGGGGUUGGGGUCAGAGCAUGUGGAAUCCUGAUGAGUGGGUGUGGCUCUCCACGUCCUUUAUGUAGAGGAGGGGUUGGGGUCAGAGGCUACCGCUCCCUCACAGAAAAAAAAACACACUGCUCCAAAAUCGCUCCAUUCAUUUUUAUCACAAUUUAAAUCACAAUUUAAUCUAUUUUUUUGACUACCUGGACCUACCAAUUGUUUUUAAGUAUUGAAACUAAACAAUAUGGAUGUGAAUGAAAGGUAUUUGAAUUCAUGAAAUGAUGAACAUGAUUUAAAAAAAAUGGUAUUUGUAAACUUUAUUUAACUUGUCAAGUC